AUGCAAGGCACCCUACACACAUACCACCCAACGCGCUCGCUGCUGCUCUUCGAGCACCUGAACACCAACCCAGCAGCAGCGUCAGCAUCACCCUCAGCAACAUCGCAGCAGCUGGCGCCUCGUAACACCCUGAUCUUCGUCGGCGGCAUGUUCGACAACUUCCUCACCCCACCCUACACGUGCGACCUGGCAAGCCUGUACCGCGACUCGUCCCGCUGGCGCGUCUGCCACGUACAGCUCUCGUCGGCCAUGCGCGGCUUCGGCAUCAGUUCGCUCGCCAAGGACGUCCAGGAGCUGUGCGUUGCUGUGAAGUUUGUGCGGGAGACGCUUUGUGCCGGUGGCGGCACUGGCAGUGCCGCUGCUGCUGCUGCUGCUGCUGCUGCUGCUGCUGCUGCUGCUGCUGCCGCCGCCGGCGGUGGCGGCAAGGUGGUCCUCAUGGGCCACAGCACCGGCUGCCAGGACCUGCUCUCGUACCUCUACCUCGAAACCAAAACCACCGGCCCCCUGCACGACCGCCCGCGCAUCGACGGCGUCAUCCUGCAAGCCCCCGUCUCGGAUCGCGAGGGCGCCAUGCCGGGACCCGACGCCUCCCCCGAACACACUGCGCGCUGGGCCAAAUGUUUGCGUUUCGCGGACCGCACCGAGGAGAGUGAGCGCCGCACGACGCUGCUGCCUAUGCAUGCGACGAUCCCGCUGUUUGGGCCCGUGCCCUUGAGCGUGGAGAGGUUCUUGAGCUUGGCGAGCCCUGGGAGUCCUGAGAGACCGGGGGAGGAUGAUCUUUUCAGUAGUGAUGCCGCGGAGGGGAGGUUGAGGGAGACUUUUGGGGUUGUCGGGAAGGGGGAUGGAGUGCUGAGGCGGAUGGGGCGCGGGCAGGAGGAGAGGGAGAUGUUGGUGCUGGUUAGUGGCGCGGAUGAGCAUGUGCCGGGUCACGUGGAUAAGGCGGCGUUGUUGGGAAGGUGGAAGGCCGCGGUGGAGGAGGGAGCUGGGAGGUUGCACAGGGCGAGUCAGGUCGUGGUGGAUGGGUUGCAUGAUCUUGGUGGCGAUGAUGUCAAGAGAAGGCACGCGAGGAUGGUGGCUAUGAGGGCUGCGGUUAUGGCGUAUCUUGAUGAUGUGCUAGGUGAGGAGGGGCCCGAGAGUGUGGUUGAGCAGGUGUGGCGGCGGGAGCGGGAUGGUAUAAUUGAAGGUGAGAGACGCCGGCUCUCGGGUGAGGCGAGGAUAUAG